GCGUCGUGUUGUCCUGGUACUUACUAUUUACAAUUAGGUGUCUUCAACAGCGCCAGCUGCAUAUGCAUGUUUCUGUCGUGAUAGAGAUAGUGAUUGUCACUGUUUAAUGUACUUAAACUUAUUUCAUUUACAGUUGUUUGUGUUUCCCCUCUUGCAGGAGCUCAACCCGUCACAUUUUUGUUUUUGAUUUCCCUUUUUGUUAACUUACUUUCCACACAACAUAGCUUGUUCCUUUUGGUGGACAAGCGACCUACUACUAGCAUUUUUCCAUUUCGUCAAACGAAACCCGAAUCAAUAUCAAAAUGGCGAUGCCUCCUGCAGGCACCGAUUUCCCCGUCACGUUGGAGGUGGUGCAUGAGACCGAUCUGCCGAAUGGUCCCUAUGGGGAAUCCAGUGGCAUGAGCCUGAAGCUGUACGUAUCCACCUCUUUUAAUAUUUGGAAAAACGUACGUCGUCGCGCCACCGCCCCAUAGUUGUGUGUCAAGAUUUAUGGCAGAAGUUUAUGCAUGAACAUGACAGAUUUGGAGCUCUCGCCCUUCUUUCUUAUCUUGAUUUUUUCUGACAGACACUUGAAAUGAAACUGAAACUGCCUGCCCGUCUCAUCAUGUCGUAUGGAUGAGACAGCAUUAUCUUUUUUGUAUUUGGCAGUUCGUUAGCAGUUCCUGGCUCACCUUGGCAGCUUAUACAGUGCCGAAGAAGCUUGUCCCAAAUUGUAUUUAUGCAAACAAGCAGCACGACGACAACAAGUCUGGGCCUAGAGUGCGUAGAAGUACUGCCUAAAUAAACUUUUUUCCACAGGAUAGCCCGUUGCCCCCGGUACGAACUACACAACGUUCGCUAAAAUUGCGAUUGCCGAGUGGGAAAAGGCGCGCGGGAACAUGAUGCAAAUGGGAAGCUACUCGGAGAAAUGGGCAAUCAAGUUCAUCAAAUACAAAGGGGGGCAAAUUGGCUUCAACGGCUCUGACGCCUACAACCCCGUGCCCGAAGGCAACCACCAGGUGACGCUGUGUGUUCAACAAAAUGUGAACUUUUUGGGGGGCAUGGGACGAGGUGUGGGCGGAGGCGGUGCGCCGAUCAUGAUGCGCGAGCCCCCGAAGCCGAUGUAUUGGCUCGUCUGCUGCGGCCUCGUCGGGUGCUGUCUGUUGAUGAAGCAAAUUGAGGAGCGAAACAAAUGGGAACAGCAGCAAAAGGCGAGUGGAGGUGGAGGGGGCCCGGCGUUCAACAAUGCAUCGGGCGGCAUGAUGGGUGGCGUUCCACCGCGGCGUGAGGGGGAACAGUUGGAAAAGCCAGUGCAGGCACAAAUGGUGGAAAUGAGUGGCGUGGAUGAACUGGAGAAGAAGAAAAAUCCGGAAGCUGCAGCGGCCGAAGUCGUGGGUACGACGGACGCCGCGCCGGCUAGUACUGGGGACGACAAUCAGGUGUGAGUUUAAAUAUAGAGCACUUCCGAUGUCUUGAGAAGGUUUUCUGCUCGGUCGCCUAAAUACUAAAUAAUGCGAUCGGGAACAACUAAAAUGCUUCGAGUUCGACUUCUGGAACAGUUUCUACACAAAGAUACCACUACACGUACACGACUAUGGGCUCUUUUGGUUUACAUUUUCAACAUGGUACUGAUAUUUUUGCGAUCUUUUCUUGCAUUUCAAAACCGGUAAUUCGAAUUGCACUUCAUUACGAAAGAGACACUAACUGCGAAGAAAUACAUGUUUUGUAGCUUCUGCGAGCCUGUGCGGUGAUGUACCUAAGCUGGUCCGGAAUAACAUAAAACCUUCAGUCCUUGUGUUGAUCAAACACCAAACACAGCGUUUUUUGUUUCCGGAAAAUGAUGACAGUGCGAUGAAGAAAAUAGGAAGAUCCUGAAUUUUUGACGC